GCCGUAACUGUAAUCGUAACCUCCAUCACCCGCCGCAAUUUCCAUGUCCGCUUUCUUGUUGUAGAAGAUUGUUCUUCACAUGCAUCCUUUCUGUUGUGUCACCGAUCACUCCCCUUCCACGCCGUUGCCGGAGCAACCGUCGUUCUCUAUGUACGCCGCCACACCGGGAACUCCUUUCGGUUCCGCAAGGUCCCAACCGGUUAUUACUCGAUCUGUCUCACAACGAUAUAACCAUCCAGGUCAAACUAAUAACCACCAUCUCCUCCACAGUCUCUCAUUUAACCACCAGAACGUAUUAGCCUUGCCGGCAGCGGCAAGGGAAGCUCCUGUAGAUGUUAAGAUUAACGAUAUCGCCGGGAAUUCGAUUGCUGGGAUAUUGUACAAAUGGGUGAACUAUGGAAAAGGAUGGAGACCUAGAUGGUUUGUUUUGCAAGAUGGAGUGCUUUCGUACUAUAAGAUCCAUGGACCUGAUAAGAUCGUUGUUUUACGUGAGACUGAGAAAGGAUCUAGGGUGAUCGGAGAGGUGUCCACGCGUAUGAUCUCCAGGAAUAACCGUCACACCGGCAAUAACAACACCAACCACCAGCUCCGCCGCAAGCCAUUUGGCGAAGUCCACCUCAAGGUUUCAUCGAUUCGGGAGAGUAGAUCAGAUGAUAAGAGAUUUUCAAUAUUCACCGGCACCAAGAGGCUUCACCUACGUGCAGAGACAAGAGAGGACAGAGAAGCUUGGAUGGAGGCUUUACAAGCUGUCAAAGAUAUGUUUCCAAGAAUGUCAAACUGCGAGUUGAUGGCACCAACCAACAACUUAGACAUCUCGAUAGAGAAGCUUAGGCUGAGAUUGGUUGAGGAAGGAGUGAGUGAGUCAGCCAUUCAAGACUGCGAACAAAUCACGAGGUCUGAGUUCUCGGCAAUUCAGAGCCAGCUUUUGCUUCUUAAACAAAAGCAAUGGCUUCUCAUUGAUACACUCAGGCAACUAGAGACAGAAAAAGUAGACUUGGAGAACACGGUUGUUGAUGAGACUCAACGACAAGCUGACAAGGGAGACUCAGAAGGAACUAAUACUGAAUCCGACGACGAUAAUGAACAAUUUGAUGAGGCUGAGGAGGAAAUUGAUACAUGUGACUCUCUUUCGUCAAGUUCAUUCAAAAGUAUUGGAUCCGUUUUUCGUACAUCAUCAUUCUCUUCAGAUGAUGAUGGGCUUAAUAAUGGUUUUGAGUCAGAAGAUGAUGUUGAUCCUUCUAUUGGAUUUAACUAUCCUCAUGUCAAAAGACGAAAGAAGUUACCUGAUCCGGUUGAAAAAGAGAAAAGUGUUAGCCUUUGGUCAAUGAUCAAAGACAACAUUGGCAAGGAUCUCACAAAAGUUUGUCUUCCUGUUUACUUCAAUGAGCCUUUAUCUUCUCUACAAAAAUGCUUUGAAGAUUUGGAGUAUUCAUAUCUUCUUGAUCAAGCAUCUGAAUGGGGGAAAAAGGGCAAUAACCUCAUGAGGAUUCUGAAUGUAGCUGCCUUUGCUGUAUCUGGUUAUGCAUCAACCGAAGGAAGAAUAUGCAAACCUUUUAAUCCAAUGUUAGGGGAAACAUACGAGGCUGACUAUCCCGAUAAAGGCCUUCGAUUUUUCUCGGAAAAGGUGAGUCAUCAUCCUAUGAUUGUGGCAUGUCAUUGUGAUGGCACAGGAUGGAAAUUUUGGGGAGAUAGCAAUUUGAAAAGCAAAUUUUGGGGUCGAUCAAUUCAGCUCGAUCCUAUUGGUUUGUUAACUUUGCAAUUUGAUGAUGGUGAAAAUGUACAAUGGAGCAAGGUGACUACAUCAAUAUACAAUCUCAUACUUGGUAAAUUGUAUUGUGAUCACUACGGAACAAUGCAAAUCGAAGGCAACGGUGAAUACUCAUGUAAACUUAAAUUCAAAGAACAGUCGAUGAUCGAUAGAAAUCCUCAUCAAGUUCAAGGUAUAGUAGAAGACAAAAAUGGAAAAACAGUGGCUAAGUUGUUUGGAAAAUGGGAUGAGAGUAUGCAUUAUGUGAUGGUCAAUCAAGGAAAGGUGAAUGAAUCUCAUCUUUUGUGGAAACGAAACAAACCUCCCGAAAACCCGACAAAGUAUAAUCUAACACGGUUUGGGAUCACAUUAAACGAGCUAACGCCUGGUUUAAAAGAGAAGUUGCCACCAACAGAUUCAAGACUUAGACCAGACCAGAGGUAUUUGGAGAAGGGAGAGUUUGAAAUGGGAAAUGCGGAGAAGUUGAGGUUGGAACAAAGACAAAGACAGGCGAGAGAGAUGCAAGAGAGAGGUUGGAAACCAAAGUGGUUUAGAAAAGAGAAAGGAAGUGAGACUUAUAGAUACAUUGGAGGUUAUUGGGAAGCUCGAGAUUCUGGUCGUUGGGAUGAUUGUCCUGACAUCUUUGGUCAAGUUCACUAAUCCAUCAAGUAAACCAAAAAAAAAAACAAAAACUCCAUUCACUAAAUAUUUUCAUUUUUGUUUCGCUUGUUGUUGUUGUUUGUCUUGUUUUUUUUUUUUUUAUGGGUUUAUACAUGCCAUUUUUUCCUCUGCCAAAGAGAGUUUGUGGUGAAAUAAAUGAAUUUCUCCUUG